AUGACUUUCCAAGCUCAUACAUCUCCGCCACCCAUCCAAGGAAUAGCGACAAACAUCCCCCAAACGACCACAGCUUCCGGUCCAUCUUCAUCAUCUUUACAGUCUUCUGCCCCUCCACCCGUCCCUCCUCGGCCAGGGGUCGAACGACCAUCGAAUGCCUUUUUCGACCUAGGCGAGUCGGAGGGAGAAGCGUUCGCAGAUUUUCAAUCCCUCAGUCUGAGUGCGAAACAGGCGAUGGAAAAGUAUGCUAGCAGCCCAAAGAAGGGCAAAGGCAAGGCAGCCGAGCAGCCUCUUACGCGGAUGGUAGACUCGAAAGGCGGGGAGCUCUGGUAUCGGACUUUCCGGUCAGAAGAGGAAGAUCUGGAGGGGAUCAUCAAACUGGUAGAAACGGAGCUGUCAGAGCCGUAUAACGUGUAUACAUAUAGAUACUUUCUCUAUGACUGGCCAGAUCUUACAUGGGUCGUCUUCCCUACGUCAAGUCCAUCUGCAGGCGAACAGCCUAUAGCAACAGUCAUUUCAAAACUCGACUCCCACCGGUGCAAAUACCGCGGCUAUAUUGCCAUGCUCUCCGUGCACCCUUCGUACCGGCGCCGGGGGAUCGCGAGGAAGUUGGUGGAUAUUACUAUCGAGGAGAUGCGCCAGAAAGGGGCACAUGAAGUCAUGCUGGAGACAGAGUUUGAUAACGAUGGGAGUUUGGCUUUGUAUGAUGGGAUGGGGUUUUUGAGGGAGAAGAGGCUGUGGAGGUUUUACAGCAACGAGAAGGAUGCGUUCCGACUGAUACUACCUCUCCCUAAUGAAAGCGACGACGAAGAAGAACCAGGACUGCGUCGGAUCGUGGAAGAUGACGAAGAUGACCCUUCAUCGGCUUACUUUACAUGA